AUGGCCGCAGCCAAGGCCGAGAUGCAGCUGAUGUCUCCGCUGCAGAUCUCCGACCCGUCUACCAUCAAGGCCUUUGCCACACAGUCGGGCUCCCAGGACUUGAAGGCCCUCAACACCACCUACCAGUCCCAGCUCAUCAAACCCAGCCGCAUGCGCAAGUACCCCAACCGGCCCAGCAAGACGCCCCCCCACGAACGCCCCUAUGCCUGCCCCGUGGAGUCCUGUGACCGCCGUUUCUCCCGCUCAGAUGAGCUCACCCGCCACAUUCGCAUCCAUACUGGCCAGAAGCCCUUCCAGUGUCGCAUCUGCAUGCGCAACUUCAGCCGCAGUGACCAUCUCACCACCCACAUCCGCACACACACAGGCGAGAAGCCCUUCGCCUGCGACAUCUGUGGGAGAAAGUUUGCCAGGAGUGAUGAACGCAAGAGGCAUACCAAGAUCCACUUGCGGCAGAAGGACAAAAAGGCAGACAAAGGUGUUGUGGCUUCUUCUGCCACCACCUCCCUCUCUUCCUACCCGUCCCAGGUGGCUACCUCCUACACAUCCCCAGUUACUACCUCUUAUCCGUCCCCAGCCACCACCUCAUAUCCAUCACCUGUGCCCACCUCCUACUCCUCUCCUGGUUCCUCAACCUACCCAUCCCCUGUGCACAGUGGCUUCCCCUCACCCUCAGUGGCUACCACAUACUCCUCCGUUCCCCCUGCUUUCCCAGCCCAAGUCAGCAGCUUCCCUUCUUCGGCUGUCACCAACUCCUUCAGCGCCUCAACAGGGCUUUCGGACAUGACAACAACCUUUUCUCCCAGGACAAUUGAAAUUUGCUAA